AUGACCGGAACGGAUAGAUAUCAAUUUCUGCGACAACAAAUUGUUCAGUUGGAAAAGGAGAAAACCGCCUUACUACAGAUGAAACGAUAUUUGGAAGGAAUGAAACGAAACAUCGAAUUUGAGCUCGAAAAACACCGACUCAGAGGCAACGAUCAAUCGCAUGCCAACAAUCCGUCAAACUUUAACGAUUCAUCGUCACCAACA